CUCAUGUUUAGUGUUUCAAGUUUUGUUGGUUUAUGAGCGUUUUCUCGUUUUCCAGUGGCGACUACGCCUUCCUUUCUUCAUCCUCACAUCCACAAAAUACAAUCUUUCUCGUAUAUUCGCAUAUACGACACAAUCUGUUUCCAUUUCACAGAAAGCUGUUACCUUUCUCCAAAUUUAUUCUCUCUCUCUAAUCCACAUACAGAGAUUGGGAUUCUGUGUCCAUGGCUUCCAUAUCUUCACCUUCUCCACCUCCCAAUCUUCACUUCCCAAGCCCCAAAUUUUCUUCUUCUUUACCAUUGAGAUCACCCUCUUCCCUUCCCUUCUCUUUGCAUUCACAUCAUUCCCUUUCUGCUGAUGCCACUGCCCUUUGCCGGUGCGUCAAUCCGGCCUCUGGGUCUCCGUCGCCGUCCGAUGACUCCGUUAACCGGGGAUGGGACUCGAUGCUCCAGGAUGUAGUUAGAAACGCCAUCAAGCGGUUCGAUUCUUACGUGAAUUCUCUUCGGAACGAGGCUCUGGCUGCCGGUGUGGCUGAGAAGGAUGGCUCGGAAAAGGAGAAUCGUGAACCCGAAAAUGAGGAAUGGGAUUGGGAUCGAUGGCGCAAGCAUUUUCAGGAUAUUGAUGAGCAGGAGCGUCUCGUCUCAAUUCUCAAGUCUCAGUUAAGCCGUGCUGUGCACGUGGAGGAUUAUGAUGACGCUGCUAGGCUUAAGGUGGCAAUUGCUGCUGCAGCUACUAGUGACAGUGUUGGAAGAGUGAUAUCCCAUCUCAAUAAAGCCAUAGAGGAAGAGCGGUACAGUGAUGCAGCUUUUCUAAGAGAUAAAGCUGGUGCUGGACUUGUAGGUUGGUGGGCCGGCAUUUCAAAAGAUGCUAAUGAUCCGCAUGGUCUAAUUAUUCGUAUAACUCCAGAGCAUGGAAGAUAUGUGGCAAGGAGUUAUAGUCCUAGGCAACUUGCUACAUCUGCUGCUGGUGUUCCUUUGUUUGAAAUUUUUCUUACAGUGAAUAAGAAAGGUGAAUAUAAGUUGCAGGCUGUUUACUUAAAGCGGAGAGGUGGUGCCCAGACCUCCCCAGUAGCGUCCUCUAAGGCAUCAAAUGCUGCUGAGAGAUUGGGUUCCGUGGAGUCACCUGAAGGCAGAAGUGAGCUCUUUGUCGUGAGUACUGAGGAUCCUGAGAGUGGUGAUGAUAAGGAUGAUGGCUCAGACCCAGCUGAGGGAAUGCCCGGAUUCCAGAAUGUCUUGAAGGAUAUGAUUCCUGGUGUAAAGGUGAAGGUUUUGAAAGUGACAGCUUCGGAGAAGGUAGACAAGGAUCUAAUAUCUAAGGUGAUUGAACAGAUAAUUGAGGAAGAAGAAGAUGAAGAUCUUGAUGAAGAUGAAGAGGAAGACGAAGAGGAAGAGAAGGAAAAUGAAACUGAAAGUCUGGAAAUUGAAGAUGUUAAGUCUGAAAGUGACCAGGAGGGAGAUGAUGAUAUUGAAAUUAAUACUAGUCCUGAAACCAUUGGACGUGAGGAGCAGAAUGAAAUUGCAGUUAAGCUUGUCAUCGGUGGUCUUGCUCAGAAACUUUCCAGUAAUUUAUCUGCUAGAGAUUUACUUCGGGUUCCUGCCAAGCUGGAGAAUGGACGUGGUUUAUUUUCAUUCACUGUAGAAAAAGAAGGCAACCAGCGGGAUGGUCAUGGCAAAGGGAAAUCUUCAUCAGAUAGAUCAAUUAAGUUUCAAGGUCAACGCUCUGUUGAUCAUGUUAUGUUUGAUCUUGCCAAGUUUAUUGGUAGGGGAAAGGUGCCCUCUAAGGUUCUGAAAGACGUAGGAGAAUUAAUAAGUCUUACUCUUAGCCAAGCUCAGAACCACCAACCAUUAUCUGGCUCUACUGUUUUCAAUCGUAUUGAAAUACCAGCUUCUACAGAUCCUUUAAAUGGUUUGUACAUUGGUGCGCAUGGUCUUUAUUCCUCAGAAGUCAUUCAACUUAGACGUAGAUUUGGUCAGUGGCAAGAAGAAGGUGGGGCUAGGGGACAUUCAGAUGUUGAGUUUUAUGAGUAUGUAGAAGCAUUUAAAUUAACUGGGGACCCUUAUGUACCAGCUGGCCAGGUAGCAUUUCGUGCAAAAGUCGGAAAGAGGUAUCAGCUUCCUCAUAAAGGGAUAAUUCCAGAAGAGUUUGGUGUGAUUGCUCGGUAUAAAGGUCAAGGAAGGCUUGCCGAGCCAGGGUUUCGGAAUCCACGAUGGGUUGAUGGUGAACUGGUGAUCCUAGAUGGGAAGUACAUUAAAGCAGGGCCAGUUGUUGGAUUUGUGUACUGGGCCCCUGAGUAUCAUUUUUUGGUCUUCUUCAACCGGCUUAGGCUUCAACCUUAGAGUUUCAUUGUACAUAAUUUCAUAAACGUGCAAAUUCUUCAGAUUUUCUUAGAAUUACCAUACUUAGUGGCGAAUUCUGAAAGCUGCUUCUUUUUUCUGGGAAGGUUCCGGUCAUUGCUGAUUGUUGACCACUCUUUAGUCUUGAGACGGAAAGGGGACAUCAUUAGUCACUGCUGGAUCUUCCGAGUGAGGCAUCUGUCACAUAAUUUUAACUUGUAAUAGCUGUUUUAUCCGAGCCAACAUCAAUUUUCUAUGAUGCAGGCUGCAUUUUUAUUUUAUUUUCUGUACAGCUUUUGAAGAAUUUUGUCUCAGCUUCCUUCCGAGCAUCAUAAAAAAUGGGAAUUUGGCUUCUUGCUGUCUGGUUCUAACUUAAGUAUGGCAGACCGGGGCAUCAUAAACUUAGAUGGUGGAGCUUUGACUAACUGUAGGUUGAAGGAAGAAUAUGGAAAAGACCAGAACAAAGGCAUAAUGUAUUGGUUUCUUCACUGCCAAAUCCUGUUCUUAAAGAUAGAAUGUAUGCUUGCUUAGCAUAUGCAGGUUUCCAUUCUAUUUUGAUCUUUUUUUUUUCAAAGGAUUAAACUUAAUGCCUUUACAUAUGUUCCCAUAAAGUCAAAAUAAGUAUCAUAUUUAUGUCAGGAGUUGACUGAUAUAAGGGCAUAAUCUUAUCAGUGAAGUAGGCAUUUAGGCAGAUUGGAUCCCUAAAGAAGCAACUAGAUAUUGGAUUUCAUGUCUUACAUGAAGUUGAAGUUUGAGAAAUAGUUCCAUUAUCAA